UUUAUAUUUGCACUAGUCGUUCAGGUUUUUCGGUGGAUAUCAGACGUUAUUCACACCGCCAUGGCGGGAUCCAUCGAGAUUCCACUCCGCGAUACAGAUGAGGUGAUUGAAUUGUGUCUGGAUCAAUUACCGGAGGGAGAUGAAGUCCUCGGUAUUCUACGGCAGGAGCAUGCCCAACUCAGCAUUUGGGUCAAUUUGGCUCUUGAGUACUACAAACAGCACAAAAUCGAGGAUUUCAUCAAGAUCCUUGAGUCUUCUAGAAUCGACGCCAAUGUCGACUACCGUGAUUACGAAAAGGACCAAAUGCGUGCCCUGGACAUGCUGGCAGCCUACUACGUCCAGGAGGCAAACCGCGAAAAGAACAAGGACAAGAAGCGCGACUUAUUUACAAAAGCAACGCUCCUCUACACGACAGCCGACAAGAUCAUCAUGUACGAUCAGAAUCACUUGCUGGGACGUGCAUACUUCUGCUUACUGGAGGGUGACAAAAUGGAGCAGGCUGAUGCCCAAUUCAAUUUCGUACUCAACCAAUCCCCAAACAACAUUCCCUCUCUCCUGGGUAAAGCCUGCAUCGCCUUCAACAAGAAAGAUUACCGAGGUGCCCUCGCAUUCUACAAAAAAGCCUUACGAACCAAUCCAAACUGUCCAGCAGCUGUGAGAUUGGGAAUGGGUCACUGCUUCAUGAAAUUAAACAAUCAGGACAAAGCAAAAUUAGCCUUCGAGAGGGCUCUCCAGUUGGACGGCCAGUGUGUGGGUGCCUUGGUGGGUCUCUCGGUCCUCAAACUCAACCAGCAGCAGCCAGACAGCAUAAGAACAGGAGUCCAGAUGCUCUCCAAGGCCUACACCAUCGACUCCACCAAUCCCAUGGUCCUCAAUCACCUGGCCAACCACUUCUUCUUCAAGAAGGACUACUCCAAAGUCCAACACCUGGCCCUCCACGCCUUCCACAACACUGAGAACGAAGCCAUGAGAGCUGAGAGUUGUUACCAACUGGCCAGAGCCUUUCACGUCCAGGGUGACUACGACCAAGCCUUUCAGUAUUACUACCAGGCAACCCAGUUCGCCCCACCUGCCUUCGUACUUCCCCACUUCGGUCUAGGACAGAUGUACGUUUACAGAGGUGACUCUGAGAACGCAGCCCAGUGUUUUGAAAAAGUCCUCAAGGCUCAACCUGGAAACUACGAGACUAUGAAGAUCCUGGGCUCUCUCUACGCCAAUUCUUCCUCACAAUCCAAAAGAGACAUUGCCAAGAAUCAUCUCAGAAAAGUCACCGAGCAGUUUCCAGACGACGUAGAAGCCUGGAUCGAACUGGCGCAGAUCCUAGAGCAGAGUGACUUGACAGCAGCUUUGAAUGCCUAUGGAACAGCCACGAGAAUUCUCAAGGAGAAAGUCGAAGCUGAUAUUCCCCCAGAGAUACUCAACAACGUUGGAGCACUUCAUUAUCGUCUUGGUAACCUCGAGGAAGCUCGGAAGAACCUGGAGGAGUCCCUGGCAAGAUCGAAAUUCGACGCACAGGAUGACCCAACUUACUACAACUCAAUUGCAGUGACAACGACGUACAACCUCGCUAGAUUGAACGAGGCCCUCUGCGUCUUCGAUCGUGCUGAGAAACUCUACAAAGAUAUUCUCAAGGAGCAUCCCAAUUACAUGGAUUGCUACUUGAGACUGGGUUGUAUGGCUAGGGAUAAGGGACAGAUCUACGAAGCUUCUGAUUGGUUCAAGGACGCCCUCAGGAUCAACAGCGAGCAUCCAGAUGCCUGGUCGUUACUCGGUAAUCUUCAUUUAGCUAAGAUGGAGUGGGGGCCGGGUCAGAGGAAAUUCGAGAGGAUUCUGAAUAAUCCCUCAACGAGUACUGACGCUUACUCGCUCAUUGCACUUGGAAAUAUCUGGCUGCAGACUCUCCACCAGAGUGGAAAGGAUAAGGAGAAGGAGAAGAGACAUCAGGAUCGAGCUCUCGCGAUGUACAAGCAGGUCUUGAGGAAUGAUCCGAAGAACAUCUGGGCGGCCAAUGGGAUUGGGGCUGUUUUGGCUCACAAAGGGGCUGUCAAUGAAGCUCGUGAUAUAUUUGCACAGGUCAGAGAGGCCACUGCAGAGUUCUGCGAUGUUUGGCUGAAUAUUGCACACAUUUACGUUGAGCAGAAGCAGUUCGUCAGUGCGAUACAGAUGUACGAAAAUUGUCUUCGCAAGUUUUAUAAGUAUCAUCAUGUGGAGGUGUUGCAGUAUCUCGCUAGGGCGUACUUCAAAGCUGGAAAGUUGAAGGAGGCUAAGAUGACACUUCUCAAGGCUAGAAGAGUUGCUCCACAGGAUACGAUACUUUUGUUUAAUAUUGCUCUUGUGCUUCAACGACUUGCAACGCAGAUUCUCAAGGAUGAGAAGUCAACGCUGACCACUGUCCUUCAGGCUGUGCACGAGCUGGGAUUGUCACACAAGUACUUCCAGUAUUUGACUACUAAUGGGGAUAGAAUGGCUCAGCUGGCGGAGAUAGAAGCCAGGAGGUGCCAGGAUCUUCUCUCUCAGGCGCAGUAUCAUGUGGCCAGAGCUAGGCGCCUUGAUGAAGAGGAGAAGAUGCUCAGGCGGAAGCAGGAGGAGGAGAGACAGGCGUUCAAGUUACGUCAGUCUGAGCAGCAGAAGCAGAUGGAGGAGUUGCGCAAGCAGACACAAGAGGCUAUGCUGCAGAAGAGGCAGGAGUUCGUUGAGAAGACGAAGAAUGCGCUGGUGUUUGAGGAAAUGCCCAAUGAGAAGGCUGGCAGGAGGGGGAAGAAAAGCAGGUCUGAGCAGUAUAUCAGUGAUUCUGGGGGCUCUGGGGGUGAUGAACGGAGGGAGGAUGGGCCCAGGGAGAAGAAGAGGAAGAGGAAGGCCAGUGGAGAAGGAAAGGAGAGGAAGAGCAAGGGGAAGGGGCGCAAGAAGAAUGAUGAGAGUGGAGGCUCGGAGAGUGAUAGACCCAAGGCGAAGAGGGGAAGGAAGGCGGGCAUUGGGAAGAGGUACAGGAAGUCGGGUGCUGCUCCUGAAGUCACUCGGCACAACUCCAAGUUCUUGUCGAAGGAGACUAUUUCUACUAGUGAGUCGGAGAGUGAGGCUGAACCCAAAAUUGCCAGCGGGGAUGAAGCAGGGACUAGUACAGGACCAAAAGGCAAGAAGAGGAUCCUUUCGGACUCAGAGGGGUCCAGGGCUUCACGUUCAAAGUCUCGAUCCCGGUCCCGGUCCCGUUCAGGAGCACGUUCGCGUUCACGUUCCAAGUCUAGAAGCAGGUCCAAGAGCAAUUCUCGGUCACGAUCACGAUCUGGCUCCCGCAGGAGUCGAUCAAAAUCAAGAUCAGUGUCAAGGUCUAGAUCAAGGAGUGGAUCCAGAUCGAAAUCUCGGUCCAGAUCGAGAUCAGGCUCACGGAAAAGUGGCUCGCGGUCACGUUCACGUUCACGUUCACGUUCACGUUCGAAAUCUGGCUCAAGGCGUUCUUCGAGAUCGCGGAGUCGCUCUCGAAGUGGCUCAAGAUCAAAGUCACGGUCUAGGUCUCAAUCUGGUUCCAGAAAGAGUGGAUCACGAUCACGGUCGAGGUCUAGGUCUCGAUCUGGCUCCAGAAAGAGUGGAUCAAGAUCACGGUCGAGGUCUAGAUCAGCGAGUGGCUCACGAAAAAGUGGUUCACGUUCAAGGUCGAGAUCAAAGUCGAGGUCGAAAUCCAGGUCGAAAUCCAGAUCUCGCAGUGCUUCCCGCUCGGGCUCCGAGAGAAACAGUCGGUCGAGGUCAGCCUCCCCAGCAAAGUCCGAUUAAAAAUCAGGGAAAGUAUUUUUACUUUGAACUUUUAUUUUUAGAAAGAAAAAAAAACCCCAAGUUAUAUCGACUCUUCACUUUCUUCCUCUAGAAAUUUUUACUAGAUUUAUGAAUUUAUUAUGAGUUUAUUUUUUAAGUAAUGUAACAAAGUGUAUAAAGAAAGACUGGUAGACCAUGAAACACUUUUUUCUAAAUUACAUGUCCGUAUUUUUUUUUAAAUUUUUUGAUUGAGCAAUAAAAAGUAUGAAUGAGUCAGUGUUGAUAAGUUAACAUUACCUUGCCUCAGUUUUUCCAAUAUAUUCUCUUCGUUUAACUCGAUUUAUUUUCAUUAGAAAAAAUUGAAAUGAAAAUAAUAUAUCAGAAAAUAUAUUACAAACUUUGUGUAAUCUAUGUAAAGUAAUUCUAACAGUUCUGAAUAAACGAUUGAAAGGAA